AUGAACGGUUUAAGCUUCAGUGAGCUUUGUUGUUUGUUUUGUUGCCCUCCUUGUCCUGGGCGGAUUGCAUCGAAGUUGGCCUUUCUUCCGCCCGAAGCCAGCUACGAUCUGAAACCGGAAGCUGACAGUACAAACAGCAAGUUUACCCUGACGCUACACGAUAAGGCCGACUGGCAAUACACUGACCGCGAGAAAGAAUGUUUCGAAGUAUUUUACGCACGGUCUUCUAGGGGCAACAGAAUCGCCUGUUUAUUCGUAAAAUGCAGUGCUAACGCUCGGUUUACACUCCUUUUUUCUCACGGCAAUGCUGUCGAUCUCGGGCAGAUGACAACAUUUUUCAUCGGUUUAGGCCAACGGAUUAACUGUAACAUUUUUAGCUAUGAUUAUUCCGGCUAUGGGCAAAGCUCUGGAAAACCCACUGAGAAGAAUCUUUAUGCUGACAUCGAUGCAGCAUGGCAUGCUUUGCGAACGCGGUACGGCAUCAGCCCAGAAAAUAUCAUUCUUUACGGACAAAGCAUCGGUACGGUUCCAACGGUAGAUUUGGCCAGUCGGUAUGAGGUCGGUGCGGUCAUUUUGCAUUCGCCACUGAUGUCAGGUAUGCGUGUAGCUUUUCCGGCAACGAAGCGUACAUGGUUUUUCGACGCUUUUCCAAGUAUUGACAAAGUUCCAAAGGUCACUUCCCCAGUAUUGGUAAUACAUGGCACCGAAGAUGAAGUGAUCGAUUUUUCUCACGGCAUGACAAUCUAUGAAAAGUGUCCCCGAGCUGUAGAACCGCUUUGGGUCGAAGGAGCCGGCCACAAUGAUGUAGAAAUGUAUAGCCAAUAUUUGGAGCGGCUGAAGCAAUUCGUGUCGGUUGAGUUGGUUAACUGA